AUGUUACAGACCAAUCGUCCCCACCCCAGUCAGCAUGCCCACCGGGCAGUUAUGAGGUAUAUCCUCGAUUUGGGGAGCGCUGUCGUUACAGCUUGCAAUGUCCUUCACCCUAUUUUUGUAACCAUUUGGGAAGAUGCUGCCAACCGUAUAUUUAAAGGACCAAAAAAUUUUGAAAAAUUACAGGGCAACCAGCUAGUGGACUUGUUUGCACAUAUUCGUCAUGCUCUAAUUCAAACCCAUGCUCUGUGGGUACUUGCAACAAUGGGUAUUGCUGUAGUUCCAGUUCUUCACCAACAUAUGCAGCGGUACCAAGAGAAUGAUUGGCCAAUUGGGCCACCAGGUUAUGGGUUUCCAGAUCAUCUCGCCAAUCUGGAUGCCGUGUUGGUGAAGGCGGCUGGCGAUGGCAGUGCGUUG